GUCUAGGGUUUCAUCUUCUCUAUUUGGUCGUUGCUGUUUGGUCAGUUCCUUGCUUCGCACUUUCGCAGGGGUGUAAGAUUGGACGAGUUGCUUCUUCUUCUCCUUCGUUUUUGUUCUACUUCGCUCCUUCGACGACGUUCCCUUCCAGUCGGAUCGGAAGUUACGGCAUUUUGAUCGGAAGCGACGACGGGAGCUCGCUCGCUCUGAAGGUAACUUUCUACCUUUCGUGCGCUUCUUCGGCCAAAUCCCGUAAAUCCGGCGAACUACAGGAUUUAGUAAAUCCGGGAUUUACGGAAAAAAGAGGGAAACGGAGGAUUUAUUCCGCCGUGAGAUUUAUUUAUAGGGCGCUCAAAUCCCGUUUGGCAGGAUUUUGCAUAAAUCCUGUUGCCAAACAGCCCUUAUAUUUUUCUAUCCUUAAACAAAUUUUGUAAUCCAAAAAACCAGUUUAUAUAAGCGGAAAAAAAAAAACACGGUCUCUACGACGAUCUGUAGGCAAACCCUAGCCUGAUUUCCUUGCCUAGUACGAGAUAUUCCCUGUGGAAGGAGCAGGUAUGAUUGGCCCAACACUUACCCUUCCUGCACCGCCCGCCGAUGGUGACCUUGGACCGAUUCCUCUGGCCCAAGUCACCGAAGAUUCCAGGGAUGCACAGAGUGGUUCUGCCGUUGAACCUCCUCCACUACCUCCGGCUUCUGUGGCGACGCACACCCGGACGAUCGGGAUUAUUCAUCCUCCCCCAGAUAUUCGUAUGAUCAUCGAGAAGACAGCAGCCUUUGUUGCUAAAAACGGCCUUGAAUUUGAGCGGCGCAUUCUUGCCAACAACGCUGGCAAUGCGAAGUUCAACUUUUUGAUUCAAUCCGAUCCCUACCAUGCUUACUACCAGCACCGGGUCUCAGAGCACCGGAUUCAGGUACAAUCCUCCCAGCAGACGGUAUCUGACCCUUCCCAGCCAGCUGAGUCUGGGUCAGCUGCUUCUGCAGCUGUCACACCUGCACAACUUGCGGCCGAUGAUGGCGACGCUGCAAAGCCAGUAGAAUCGGCCGUGCAGUUUCUGAUUCCCCCUAGAAAGGUGCUUGAGCCGCCUGAAGCUGAACAGUAUACUGUUCGGCUUCCCGAAGGAAUCACCGGCGAGGAGCUGGAUAUUAUUAAGCUCACUGCUCAAUUUGUUGCCAGGAAUGGAAAGUCAUUUUUGACAAACCUUACAAGUCGUGAGAUUAGCAACCCCCAGUUUCAUUUCCUGAAACCAACUCACAGCAUGUUCACCUUUUUCACUGCUUUGGCUGAUGCGUAUUCAAAGGUUCUGAUGCCACCAAAAGGGAUUACUGAUAAGCUGAGUAAAAGUGUUACUGAUAUGACAACAGUUCUUGAGCGUUGUUUGCACCGAGUUGAGUGGGAGAGGUCUCAGGAGCAAGCAAGGCAGAAGGCUGAGGAUGAGAUUGAGCAGGAGAGGGCACUGAUGGCAAUGAUUGAUUGGCAUGAUUUUGUUGUGGUGGAGACCAUUGAAUUUGCUGAUGAUGAGGAUGAGGAGCUUCCAGUGCCAUUAACACUUGAGGAGGUCAUAAGGAGGAGCAAGAUAUCAGGUUUGGAAGAGGAAGGUCCAGUAGGAGGUGUUGAGCCUGCAAAAGAUAUGGAGAUGGAGAUGGAUGAAGAGGAGAUGCAUCUUGUUGAGGAAGGCAUGAGAGCAGCAAGAAUAGAUGGCAAUGUUAUUGAUGAGAAAAAGGGUGAACCCAAGGGACCAACAGAUGAACCUGAGGCUCCAAUGAGGAUUGUGAAAAACUGGAAACGGCCUGAGGAUAGAAUUCCUGCUGAGAGGGAUCCCACUAAGUUUGUUAUAUCACCAAUAACAGGGGAAUUGAUUCCUAUCAGUGAGAUGGCCGAACACAUGCGUAUAUCCCUCAUAGAUCCAAAAUACAAGGAGCAAAAGGAGCGGAUGAUGGCAAAGAUCCGGGAGACAACUCUUGCUGCAGACGAUGAGAUCUCUAGAAAUAUUGUAGGACUUGCACGAACACGUCCGGAUAUCUUUGGAACCACAGAGGAAGAAGUUUCAAAUGCUGUCAAGGCUGAGAUUGAAAAGAAGAAGGAUGAGCAACCAAAGCAGGUGAUAUGGGAUGGACAUACUGGAAGUAUUGGACGAACUGCAAAUCAGGCACUUUCUCAGAGUCUUUCCAGUGAAGAGAUGGUUGACUCCAAUGGCAAUGAUGGGAGGACUCUUCCAGGUCCUGCUCCUCUACCAAAACCUGGAGCUCCAGUAAUUCGUCCACUCCCUCCUCCGCCUGGGUUGGCUUUGAAUCUUCCUCGCUUCCCUCCAAAUGUUUCAGCAUACUCUACAAACACUAUGGGAGUAGUUCCUCCACCGCCAAGGCCUGCUGUUUCAGUAAUUCCAUCAAUGAGGCCACCCCUUCCAACUAUGUCUGGUACUUCUACUCAGCAACCUCUUAUGAUUAAUAGACCCCAAGUGCUCCAGCCCAUCUCAGUUAAUCCUCCAAAUAUACCUGUUCCGCCUCCACCAGGUUCCCAGUUUACUCCUUUGGGAAUUCCAAGACAUUUUGCUCCAAUGCCUAUUCCCCAUCCCAACAUGCCAAUGGUUCCUCCGCCGCCUCUUCCUCUAGGAAUGCCUCCACCUCCACCACCUGAGGAAGCUCCUCCUCCACUUCCUGAUGAACCAGAGCCCAAAAGGGCAAGAAUGGAUGAUACUUCACUUAUCCCAGAGGAACAGUUCCUUGCACAGCAUCCGGGUUCUGCCCGUAUUUCUGUAUCGGUUCCUAAUGUUGAUGAAGGGAAUUUGAAAGGUCAAGUUUUGGAAAUCACCGUCCUCACACUUUCUGAGACUGUUGGGAACUUUAAGGAGAAGAUUGCUGGAGAGAUUCAGCUUCCGGCUAAUAAGCAAAAACUGAAUGGGCGGGCUGGUUUCCUAAAGGAUAAUCUCACUCUUGCUUAUUAUAAUAUUGUUCCGGGUGAAACCUUAACUCUAGCAUUAAGGGAGCGUGGUGGAAGAAAGAGAUAAACACUCAAUUUGGUGGCUUCAAGAUUCUGCAAUCUGGGUUUGACUACUUUGAAGGUCUAUUCUGGAAGAGAUUAUUCUGGGCUGACACGGGACGGGAGAAUCGUCCGGUUUACGCUUAGGUACUGAGCCACUCGGUAUUAAGUUCGGUAUCAGACAUGGCGCAUUUUCAUUCGAGUCUGGACUCCGCACAAAAUAAUUUUUCCAAUUAUGGAGGGCAGAUGUACACUGAAAAAGCAAGUUGGAUGUAUUUGAACUUUUUGUUGGCAUGUUUCUGUUACCUGUUUCUCAGUCUUUAUUUUGUUUUAGUUUCAAGAGAAACCUUUAAAAGUCUGUUUGUGUACUGUCCUUUUUUAUAAAUACCCAAAAAUAUUUUUGCGAUGA